AUCUGUAUCACAGCUAUCGGAGGAGCAAUCAAUACGGGUUUUAUGAUCUGUGCAGGACGUGCGCUUUCACAGGCCGGACCUGCAUCCAUCUUGAUCUCCUACACAUGCGUUGGGAUUAUAGUCUACUUGGUUCUAUGUGCUCUAGGUGAGGUUGCUUCCUGGUCUCCGGAACCAUCAAUGGCCGAAAACGCGUCCCGAUUUUGUGACCCGGCGCUUGGCUUCACAUUGGGAUGGAUAUAUUGGUUGAAGUUCAUGCUUGUGAUUCCCAACCAAUGCGCAGCGGGAGAGCUGCUGAUAGCAUACUGGCAAGGGAAUGACGAGAAAGGGUAUUCCAUCCUCUGGAUCACUUUGUUUCUGGCCAUGAUCAUCGUUGCGAAUUUGAAAUGCACUCAGUAUUUCGACAAGUACGAGAUAUUCAUAUCUGUUGUGAAAAUAAUCGUGAUGCUCGGACUACUUUGUUUGUGCAUCGUUCUGGCUUUGGGUGGCGGUCCAAAGCAUGAUAAGAAAGGUUUUCGUUACUGGAGCUACCCUGGGGCAUUUGCGCAGCACUCUGGCAAAGAAGCUGCGGGCAUACUACGCGCAGUCUUCCGAACCGUCCCAUCUGCUACCUUGGCCUACCUUGGAAGUGAGCUUAUGGGAAUAACGAUCUUGCGCACGCAUAAUCCGAGAGAAGCUGCAGGGCAAGCCAUUGAGUCGAACUGCUACCGCAUCCUGGCCGUCAAUAUUGUCAAUGUGGCUCUUUUAGGACUCCUCGUUCCCUCUGAUGCGCAUGCUUUGGCUUUAGGUCAAACGCCCGACAAGCCCCGCCCGGCAUCAGCUUUUGUGACAAUCGCACAGUAUACUGGCUGGUCGCAGCUGCCGCAUAUUCUUAACGCUUUUCUACUAGUCUGUGUCAUUUCUGCCGCCAGCCAAGCCCUAUAUCUAGCGACGAGGACUUUGUACGAGCUCGCAAUAGAUCAACAUGCUCCUUCUUUCUUGGACCGCACCAAUAAUCGAGGGAUUCCGAUAUACGCCUUGGGUGUUUGCGCUGUGAUCGGGUGCACUGCAUAUCUGAACGCUUUCAGCCGGUCACAGAAGCUAUUCAAGAACCAUGUUAAUCUGGUUUCGAUGUUUAGCAUACUUACAUGGGCCUCUAUGCUUGUGGUUCAUAUCUCAUUCGUGCGAGUCCGAAAAGUGCAGAGGAUCGCCGACGGUGAUCUCGUCUUCAAGGCUCCGUUUGGAGUGUUUGGAUCAUGGGUCGCAUUGCUGGCGUGUAUCUUUUUCUCCAUCAUUCGUGUGUUUGAUCUCACGAACAGUGAUGCGGAACCCAGGAGGUUCGACUAUCUGGCAUUUAUGACUUCAUAUGCGGGGAUUCCCCUUUAUGCUAUUCUUGCCGUUGGAUACAAGCUCGUCACCCGAAGCCACACGGUUUCACCUGAUAGUGUGGAAAUGAAGUCCAUCAAAGCUGGGCAGGACACGGUAGGCGCCGGUCGGCCCCCUGCAGCGUGGGGCCAGCCUCUUCAGGUCCGCUCAGAAACCGCCCGCAUGCGUUGAACCACGCAGAGGAUAGAAUUGGGAGGAAAUUGCUUGGAAAUGCAUGGUCAUAGUAUGUUGAGCCGAUCGGGUACCUCUUUGCGCACUGACAUCUUAGUUCCCGUUUGGAGUACCAAUCUCAAGGGAAUUGAAUUCUCUUCUAU